UUCAGUCGUGUUGUGGCAGGGAAGAGAGCAUCAGUGAUUAUUUUCGUGGGUGCGGUGCGAGCCUCAUUGUCGUGAUCAUUUGGUGUACAGUUAAAUAUGUGUUUUCUGACCUUCUAGUGUUCAUUUCAAGAUGCAAAACCAGAGCCAUAACAGCGUUGACGAUAAAUUUGGAAUGAAUUUCGGCGCCUUUGACCCCGAGUUGUUCUCGCAGCCACACAUGGCUGCGAUGGGCGGGAUGGGGAUAGGCAUGAAGCGCUCCGCCCAAGAUGCUGGGCUAGACCGUGAACCUCUGGGACUAUCCUCAGACGACGACACUGAUCUUCUUAAGAAAGAAGACAAGAUGAACCCGUCGUCGAGCAGAGACACCAUGCUCCACCAUCACACCUCCCUCGACAACCAACAACCACAGUCUAAAACACUUCCCAACGGCAAGAAAACCAAGGGACGAGUCAAAAUCAAGAUGGAAUUUAUUGACAAUAAACUGAGGAGAUAUACGACGUUUUCCAAGAGGAAAACCGGCAUUAUGAAGAAGGCAUACGAAUUAUCGACACUGACGGGGACGCAGGUGAUGCUGCUGGUGGCGAGUGAGACUGGCCAUGUGUACACGUUCGCUACGAGGAAGCUGCAGCCCAUGAUCACUUCUGAGGCUGGCAAGGCUCUGAUCCAGACGUGUCUCAACAGCCCUGACCCACCCCAGGCCACCCAUCAUCACGAUCAGCGCAUGUCAGCCACCGGAUUCGAGGAGACGGAGCUGACGUACGCCGUCACUGAGGACGAGCACAAGGUCAGGCAGAUGAUGUACUCGACGCCCAUCAACUCCAUGCACCAGGGCGGUUCUAUGGCCUCUCCCUCCCAUCAUGCCGCCGCCGCCGCCGCUGCCGCCGCUGCCGCCCUCCAGACCCACCACCACCAGCCCCAGUACCACCACCCACACCCCCCGCCCACCCCGCACCUCACAACGCCCACCUCCACCCACCCUAUGAACCAUCACCACCACCACCUGACACAGACCUCUCCUGGUCACACGGGUCAUACAGACCACACGGGCGUGGGUCUGCACCAGCACACCCACCUAGUAGCCCCUCAGACCCCCCUUCCCUCCCACUCCCCUCUCCCCCCUCACUCACCCAUGGGCGCUCCAUCUCCCACCUCACCCUACACUAGCCUGCACCACCACCCACACCACCACAUACCCGCCCACUCACGGUAGGGACUCGCCCGCUGCCCCACUCCCCCGUCUUAUCCCCUACCCACUUCCUUCAACUACCAGUUCGCUGGGCUGUAAGGUGCCCAGUGUGUACGUGGGAGGGAGAGGCAGGAUGACGGUGGCGGCGGCGUCGGCGGGCACUACUAAAAUACCCACACUUGCAUGUGGGCACUACUUAAAUACCCACACUUGCAUGUGGGCACCACUUAGAUAUCCACACCUGCAUGUGGGCACCACUUAGAUACCCAUACCUGCAUGUGGGUUGCGGCACCCACAUCUUGUGGGUUGUACCUAGGCACCCACACCUUGAUGUGGGUUGCACCUAGGCACCCACACCUUGAUGUGGGUUGCACCUAGGCACCCACACCUUGAUGUGGGUUGCACCUAGGCACCCACACCUUGAUGUGGGUUGCAACUAGGCACCCACACCUCGAUGUGGGUUAACCUAGGCACCCACACCUUGAUGUGGUUAACCUAGGCACCCACACCUUGAUGUGGGUUAACCUAGGCACCCACACCUUGAUGUGGGUUGCACCUAGGCACCCACACCUUGAUGUGGGUUAACCUAGGCACCCACACCUUGAUGUGGGUUAACCUAGGCACCCACACCUUGAUGUGGGUUGCACCUAGGCACCCACACCUUGAUGUGGGUUGCACCUAGGCACCCACACCUUGAUGUGGGUUGCAUCUAGGCACCCACACCUUGAUGUGGGUUGCACCUAGGCAUCCACACCUUGAUGUGGGCUGUGACACCCACAUCUUUAUGUAGGCUGCACAUAGGCACCCACAUCUUGAUGUGGCCGGUACCCGCAUCCUGAUGUGGGUUGCACCUAGGCACCCACAUGUUGAUGUGGACUGCACUUUGGCACCCACAUGUUGACGUAGGCUGCACCUAGGCACCCACAUGUUGAUGUGGGCUGCACCUAGGCACCCACAUGUUGAUGUGGGCUGCACCUAGGAACCCACAUGUUGAUGUGGGCUGCACCUAGGCACCCACAUGUUGACGUGGGCUGCACCUAGGCACCCACAUGUUGAUGUGGGCUGCACCUAGGCACCCACAUGUUGAUGUGGGCUGCACCUAGGCGGGCGCUGAGGGGCUCAGGAACAUGUUGCAAGUAGGCAAACACACACACACGCACGCGAACAUUAUCUCUCAGUCUGUUGCAGGGUUCGAACCUGCAAACUCGACAUCAGAGUACACAGUACUUUAACCACACAGCCAGAUUAAUAUAUAUGUCGUGCCGAAUAGGUAAAACUUGCGAUUUUGGCUUAAAUAGCAACGCUCAUCUUGCCAAAUAAGACAAGUGAAAAUUUGCGUAUGCAAUAAAA